CAGUGGGAAUUAUCUCAUCAGUUAUCAGUAGUUCAGUACUGGUGGGGUGAUAUAAGUGGAGAGAAGCCAUUGGAAGCACUCGAGCCGAGCGUGUGGAGGCUGGCUGCUGUCAGUUGAAGUUGCUGCGGGUUGUGGAUUUUGCCUGCUUUCUAGGUGCCAGCCACAAUAAGUACCCCAUGACUGCUCUUACGCUUGCUCUAACUGCUACCAACAGUUGUAACCGUAAUGGUACUGGUAGCAACCGCUGUUGCUGCAGUGGUAGAUUUUGGUAUCCCUCCUUCCACCAUUCCGACUUUUAUUCUUCCUCCACUGCUUGUCCUUCAUUUCGCAAGCCCAAAAGAGGGACUUCAGCUUUUGCUCGGGCAAUCAGAUGCCAUUCAGCAAAAACUAAUGCUCCCAAGCCAAAAAUGAAUCUACUGGACAACGCCAGCAACCUUCUCACAAAUUUCUUGAGUGGAGGAAGAAUGGGGUCGAUGCCAAUGGCUGAAGGUGCAGUUUCUGAUCUCUUUGGCCGGCCACUGUUUUUUGCGCUCUACGAUUGGUUUCUUGAGCAUGGCUCUGUGUACAAACUUGCUUUUGGGCCAAAAGCAUUUGUUGUUGUGUCAGAUCCUAUUGUUUCAAGACAUAUUCUACGUGAAAAUGCUCUCUCUUAUGACAAGGGGGUUCUUGCUGAAAUCCUAGAACCAAUAAUGGGAAAAGGGCUAAUACCUGCGGAUAUUGACACUUGGAAGCAGAGGAGAAGAGUUAUUGCUCCUGGGUUUCAUGCACUGUACUUGGAGGCCAUGGUCAAAGUAUUUACUGAUUGCUCUGAGAGAACAAUGCUAAAGUUUGAAAAACUUCUUGCUGGAGAAGGGAGAAAAGGAGGGAAGACCAUUGAGUUGGACCUUGAAGCCGAAUUUUCCAGUUUGGCUUUAGAUAUUAUUGGUCUUGGAGUUUUCAAUUACGAUUUUGGUUCGGUUACCAAAGAAUCUCCUCUUAUUAAGGCUGUAUACGGUACUCUCUUUGAAGCUGAACAUCGAUCAACAUUCUACAUACCUUACUGGAAAUUCCCUCUGGCAAAAUGGCUAGUCCCCAGGCAGCGAAAGUUCCAGAAAGACCUUAAGUUUAUCAAUGACUGUCUUGAUGAUCUUAUCAGAAAUGCAAAAGAGACCAGACAGGAAACAGAGAUUGAGCAACUGCAGAAAAGGGACUACUUAAAACUUAAAGAUGCCAGUCUGUUGCGAUUUUUAGUUGAUAUGAGAGGUGCAGAUGUUGAUGAUUGUCAGCUUAGAGAUGAUCUGAUGACAAUGCUUAUUGCUGGCCAUGAAACUACAGCUGCUGUGCUUACUUGGGCUGUUUUCCUUCUUGCACAACAUCCCAGCAAAAUGAAGAAAGCACAGGCUGAGAUUGAUUCAGUGCUAGGCCAAAGAAGGAUAACCAUAGAAUCAAUUAAAAAACUUGAGUACAUACGACUUGUUGUUGUAGAGACGCUACGCUUAUAUCCGCAGCCUCCACUCCUUAUUAGGCGUUCUCUGAAAUCAGACAAGUUGCCUGGAGGUCAUAAAGGUGACAAUAAUGGAUAUGCAAUCCCUGCUGGCACUGAUAUUUUCUUAUCUGUAUACAAUGUUCAUAGAUCUCCAUACUUAUGGGAUAAUCCCAAUGACUUUGAACCUGAACGCUUUCUAGUAAAAAGAGUGAGCCAAGGCAUUGAAGGAUGGGCUGGUUUUGAUCCAUCCAGAAGUCCUGGAGCUUUAUAUCCAAAUGAGAUUAUGUCAGAUUUUGCAUUCCUGCCCUUCGGAGGGGGCCCAAGAAAGUGUGUUGGAGACCAAUUUGCAUUCAUGGAGUCAACAAUAGCAUUGGCUAUGUUGCUGCAAGAGUUUGAUAUAGAACUGAAAGGAUCUCCAGAGUCUGUGGAAAUCGUCACAGGAGCAACAAUUCACACGAAAAAUGGUUUGUGGUGCAGAUUGAUGAAGAGGCAAGAUAUUCAGAGUCUGUAGCUAUGAUACAUAGUUCUGCUGGAGGUUGCACCAGGUGAACAUAGUGGAGAACUAUGUCUCAAGCUCAAGAACUUAGAUACCGUACUUAAGAAGCUACUAAUAAUGUAGGACUAAAGCGGGAAGGCUGAGAGUACCAAAGACUAACCAGCUUACAUGAUUGAAGAUGAGGCUGCAUUGCUGAAUGGGGAUUAUAGUGAGGAGCAAACAAAAACUGUUAAAUUCGGAAUGACAGAUCACGAGGCUCCAAGUUGAGGAUAUACAGGAGAAACCUAUAACAUGUAGGUGGGAGAUUGGGUGUAAUAUCGCGUACAAGAUGUGUCUUAAAAUGAUGAAAAAGGACUAAAAAAAAUGUUGCCUGGCCUAAGCAGUCUGCCAAAAAAAAAAAAAAAAACUUUUAAGCAGGGUAGCUUCCAGGCAGUGCAUAUUUAUAAUGCGGGAUUUUGUCAUAUCCCUUAAACCUGGAUUAUUUGUGAAUGAACAGCACGUUUUACAGCUA